AUGGCCAUUCCACAAGCAGCACCUAGCCCACCUGAACAGUUUGUUUUGGUAUUGGCAGCUAUUUUUCUCCCACCAUUGGCGAUAUUUUUGGCCCAACGAACAGUCUUCACAAAGGAAUUUCUUGUUACUGUGGUGUUGACAUUCUUUGGUCAUAUACCUGGAAGUGUUUUUGUUAUCUACUUCUUAUUCUACAUCGACUUCCCUAGUCGUGGCGUUGAAGGAUACACCAGACUAAGCGAUAAUGAAAGUCAGGUAGGCGGCGGGGCACCACAACAAAGCCAAGGGGGUGAUUCACAUUCCCACAAUCAGAAUCAACAUAGAGGACCAGGACACAGGCUUGGUGGAGAGGAUCACACCAUAUCUGAGCAGCAACAUGGAAUCAUCCAUCAUAAUGCUUCUACAGAAGGAAGUUCACAAAAUCACCACACUCCAUAUCAUGAUGAUAUUGAAGGGGACGUGGAAAAUCCUGGGGCACCACUUUUGAACGCUGGUGAUCUUCCGGCAUAUGACGAUGUUGUUGAUGGAAAGCACAAGAAGGCAGCUAAUAACGUCAAAUCUAGUGAUAACAAAGUCCAGAAUUGA